AUGGCUGAACCAGAGGAUCUCGAGGAGGAUCUCUUCGCGGAUCUCUACGAUGCUGAUGAAUCAACAAACCGCACUACUUCCGCAGUCGAAGCACCCAAGCCCGCAGAGCCUGCGGCUACCGCAACUCCUGCGCUGCCCACCGAGGAGCCAGCUGCUCAGAACUACGAACCUCAGGCCACUGAGUCGCACCCGACAUAUUCCGCGCCCCAACACAACAAUAAUUCGGGUUACCAGAACGGCUCUGAGGCUACGCCUGCUGCCCCCGCAGCAGCUCCUCCCGUGGAUCAGGAACUUCAAGGAUCGGGAUCUGGAACGGGAAUCAAAGAAGAUGGGUAA